UUUGGCAUGAGCAAGGAUGGCCGAGUGGUCUGAAGGGAAGACUUACAUCCAGGACUCCAGAGGUCAGUGGUUCGAGCCCUGUUCAGGGUUACUUUUUUGUCUUCUUUUUUAUUGUUUUCUUGUUUUUUUACUGGAGAUUUUAAUGACAAACUUUAAUACAUGCCAACAUCUUUGAAACGACCCCUUAAAUGCCUAUACACAUCUGGUCUCAAAAUAGCAAUCGUCGAAUUUGAGCUGCAACGUUUUCACGUUUAUUAUCUUUUUAUGCCCCCCUUCGAAGAAGAGGGGGUAUAUUGCUUUGCUCAUGUCGGUCGGUCGGUCCGUCCACCAGGUGGUUGUCAGACGAUAACUCAAGAACGCUUGGGCCUAGGAUCAUGAAACUUCAUAGGUACACUGAUCAUGACUCGCAGAUGACCCCUAUUGAUUUUGAGGUCACUAGGUCAAAGGUCACGGUGGCCCGAAAUAGUAAAAUGGUUUUUGAAUGAUAACUCAAGAACGCAUACGCCUAGGAUCAUGAAACGUCAUGGGUAGAUUGAUCAUGACUCGCAGAUGACCCAUAUUGAUUUUGAGGUCACUAGGUCAAGGUCACGGUGACCCGAAAUAGUAAAAUGGCUUCCGGAUGAUAACUCAAGAAUGCAUACGCCUAGGACCAUGAAACUUCAUGGGUAGAUUGAUCAUGACUCGCAGAUGACCCCUAUCGAUUUUGAGGUCACUAGGCCAAAGGUCAAGGUCACGGUGACCCGAAAUAGUAAAAUGGUUUUCGGAUCAUAACUCAAGAACGCAUAUGCCUAGGAUCAUGAAACUUUACAGGUAGAUUGAUCAUGACUCGCAGAUGACUCCUAUCGAUUUUGAGGUCACAAGGUCAAAGGUCAAGGUCACGGUGACCCGAAAUAGUAAAAUGAUUUUCGGAUGAUAACUCAAGAACGCUUUUGCCUAGGAUCAUGACACUUCAUAGGUACAUUGAUCGUGACUCACAGAUGACCCCUAUUGAUUUUCAGGUCACUAGGUCAAAGGUCAAGGUCACAGUGACAAAAAACGUAUUCACGCAAUGGCUGCCACUACAACGGACGGCCCAUAUGGGGGGCAUGCAUGUUUUACAAACAGCCCUUGUUUGGUCAUAGCCGCCAUAGCAGUCUGAAAAAAUGUAAAAAAAUCUUUCCAAACCAUGCAUCGAAAUAGUAUUAAUAAUAAUAACUUGUAACUGAUCCAAACAAGCAUUGCGUGAUUCCCUUGAUGUAAAUUCGGAAGUACCGAGUGCAGUGCUACAGCUUACAUUAAUAAUAAGGAUGCGGUAUCCCUAUUAUUAGUUGUUUUAAGUCUUUUACAUUUUAAUCUUUUAAAUUAUUCAACAAUGUCAAAAUAUGUCGUUCAAGCAUUUAUUUCACCCAUCAACUACCGGAGUUUAGCUAAUUUGCACUUUCUUUUAUUUACGCUUGCUAAAUUAGAGAACACAUAUAACAUGGCAAGUUUAUGUUCAAGUAAGUAAGCAUGAUUGUACAUAACAUCAGGAAAAUUAACAACUUCAUCCAAUUGUAAAUAGAGUUUAAUGAAACCAUGCAUAAAGAUAUUUUAUUAACCGCAACUAACAUGUAACAGUAAUAGCAAACUGUCAUAUGAACAUUCAUUUCACAACCGUCAGUAGAAUAAAUAAGAUACUUUGCUAACAAACGUUUAAACCUUUGCACAGUUUUAUGUGAUGCACGAUUUUCAACAGGUAUUGUUUUAUGUAAAAAUGUAGAUUGGUAUUAAUUAUUUAAUGCUUAUUGGACUCUUAUGUUAUUGGUAUUUAACAGGCUUUGAGGUCUGUAAGGUAAAAUUCAUGUUUUUUCUUUGUAUGUCAUCUUAAUUACAAAUCAUUUUUCGGCAUAAAAAAAAAUAAGAUGCGGAAUGCAUUUCAUAUUUGUUACCAAACUAACAAUAUCAACGUGUCUGAUUAUAUGAAGAAAACACUUUAAAGGGACCUUUUCACGUUUAAGUAAAUUGACAAAAUUAUAACAAAUGUUUCAGAAUCGCAAAUUUUCGUUAUAGUUAUGAUAUUUGUGAGGAAAGAGUAAUACAGAACAUUUACCAUUCUCUAAAAUAUCUAUUACAUGCAUCUUUUGACGACUUAAAAACCUGAACAUAAUAAAGCGUUGCAACGCGAAACGAUUUAAUUAUAUGGAGAGUUCUGAUGUUGUCGUUAUAUUGCGUGACACUACGAGGAUUGCUUAUAUAGAGUAUAAAAUACAAAAUCACAAAAAGGUCCCUUUAAUUAGACAUUUGAACUUGAAAAUUGAGUAAAAAUCUACCAUACAAAAAGCAACAGCAGAUAUUCGGCUUUGCAAUAGCUUUAACGGUACAAUUUAGUAACAGUAAUUUUUAUUCUGUUUAAUAAAGUUUCGCCCUUCUCAAUUAAAGGAAAGUCAUUUGUUACUCAUGAAGAUCUUUUUUCCCAAAAUCGUAUCCUUGUGUACAUUGUAGAACGUCCAAACCACAACUACAAAGUGACGAAGACGGAUCUAAAAUGUGUGUAGGUUAAAAUCGUUUAUCGUCUGUAUGCGCAUCGGAAAUUGCCAUUGAAAUAAAUCGAGAUUAACAUACGCUAUGCACGCCGUUAAAACGUAGAAAGUGUGAAAUCUUUACGCAUGACUUCAGAUAAAUUAGGCAAAAAAAUUGGAUCAUUCUACUUUGAAAAAAUUAAACGGGAUUUAAGAUACGUUUAUUGUUUCAUUUUAAAGACAUUUCAAACAGAGGCAUUUAAUCUCUUUUCGACAAACGUAAUGGAGACAAAAGCAGCAGAACAAAAACAAUUCCAAAGCGUUGAAGAAACUGAAGCAGAUUCGAUAGGAACAAGUCAUGCCCAAGAUCAAAUGGUCACUACCGAUCCGAAAUAUAUCACAAUGAUCCACGUUGACAGUGCAUCCACAGCCUCAACGUCGGAGCAAUGUGGGAUUAGCGUUGAGAGUCAGACAGUGGAACCGGAUCAAAAGACCACCAUUCUAAUUACCCACGUUAAUCAGACGGACACACAGGCUGGUGAGUACUUUGGCGCCACCCUGUACACGUACAAGCGGCCACCAGGGGAACAGUUUGAGUACCAGCACCUACUGAAGAAUAUCAAGGAUGGAUAUCCUGCACAAAUAAUGAAAAUUUGUGAAGGUGACGAGCUGGUUCUGAAUUACAAAUUUACACCGGAACUUGAACACACAGAGGUGCUCAAUAGUUUUCGAAGCGGCGUUAUCGUCGAUGGAAAAUCGCGUUUCUGUCUGGUUUUAAAAAGAAGUGGACAUGAGUUCUGGUAUGAAACCUGUGCAAUCCUGACUCCCAAUCAUGAUCACCAUGAUCACGAUUUUCCCCCGAUAGUGACUAAUCCGAAAUUUAAUGAAGUAAAGUACAUUAAGUUAUUGGCCAAAAAAUUUUUAUUUUCCAUGAAAGGAUCUAUGGAAUACAUGUUCAUUGACAAAACCGGAAUUCAAGGAGUACCUAUGCCUCAACCUUCUCCUUAUGUCAAUAUGACACGCAAAUUCUCGUUCCCAUUGGAUUUCACAGCAGCCUUGUCUGGUAUGGAUGGACAAUCGUAUGUGCGCAUAGAUGAUCAAAGAAAUAUAGUCAUAUCGGAUGAAUCCAACUGCACGUUUUUCAAGUAUGAAAGGAUUGGACACGACUACAAAUUCUAUGUCGGCAAGAUUGCGGCAAGCUUCUUUCUGUCGUAUGACAAAAAAUUAAAGAGCUUUGCCAUGUCAACUAUCAAACCAUCGGCCAACAGUAUUAUUUAUAUAGAUGUUGGAACCCCAACUUGUCUGUCUUCAGACAACCUAGAGAUUGACGAUGAGCAACUGAUAGAGAAACACGACUGUCACUUACCAAGGCAGGCAUCCGUCUACCAGCCAGCAAAUGAUAGCCAGAUCACAAGCCUGCUACAAGAGGAAAGACAAUGUGAGAUAAAGGUCGAUCUCCAACCGAAACUCGUAUUGCCAGAUGUUUUUCAAACAAACCAACGCCCUGACAUAGUCAUCUGGUCAACAUCUCGAAAGAAGAUGAUACUCCUGGAACUAACUGUCCAUUGGGAAGAAAGAACUGAUAAGGCAAAUGAAAGGAAACGGUCAAAUUACCAAGAACUGGCAGAUAUGUGCAUGGAGAGAGAGUACAUAACCUGGAUCUUCCCUCUAGAAGUAGAAUCUUUGAAAGAACGCUUUUCACCUCCUUACCAAACGGAACUGCACAAAGUGCAGUUACGUGAUCGCAGACAGAAAGCAUCGGAGACGCUGAGAAGGCUGGGGCACGACAUUUACGGAUUAACAAACAUGGCAUACCCCUUAGCAUCAGCAGAUAUGAAAGAAACAUUGGCAAAAGAGCAGUUUCUUGAUGCUCUUCAUAGUGCGGACAUGAGACUACGUAUCUAA